UCACAGAAAUCUCGACCUCAAUAUAUAAAUAUUUAGGGUACGACACGAUUUAGUUUAGUAUUCAUUUCGGAGCAAGAGAAGGGAUAGGAUGCAAUUAAUCGCCUUUAUAGCUGUUCUUCUGGGGGCGGUUUCUGCCCAUCCGUUCUAUCGGGAUUCCUUCCCUAAUGGUUACUCUGUGCCUAACCCCUGUGGAGGCGGGAUAUGGGAGGCUGUAGGUCAUUAUGAUCCUAAUCAUCACACCAUAAACAAGAACAGAUUCGGGCAGGCAUUCUCCGCCGCCGGUCGCACUUGGACCCAAGCCCUGUGCAUGGCGGACAGCGACGGCGACGGCAAAACUAACGGAGCGGAACUCGGGGAUCCGACCUGCGUCUGGGUGCAGGGUGGAGUGCCAGCCGGCCGUGCCACCGGACAUCCGGGAAUCUGCGAGCCAGUGGGGUCUUGCGGAGACGGGUUCACUUGCAACUGCCAUGGCGCCAAUUGUGUUGGAAAAUAAGCGUCCGCAUAAAAAAAACUGCAUUGUCUGUUAUGGAAUUUUUGGAUACAUCUGUAAUAAAUGUGCUAUACGCAAUUCUAAAAAAUA